AUACAUGGCGUCAUCAGUUGCCAAGCGCACACUUCCAAAGAUGAUGCGUGAAUAUAAAGGCAUAAGAGUCUCGCAGAUUCAGAGUCUAAUUCAGCCCACUCUCUUUUUUUAACGACUCGUGUUUCUCCUUCGCGUCCCAUGGCGCCCAAUUCCAUUGAGGUUAUGUGGGGGCCGGGGCUCAUUGGAUUCAUCAUAGCUACAGUGUUCUAUGGGAUAUCCUUUGGGCAGUAUAUGUUCUACCUGCGAUCUUUUCCACAAGAUUCGAAAAGACUCAAGUUAUUCAUAAUGACAGUCUUUCUUUUUGAAACGAUUCACCAAUUCGCAAUGAUGGCGAUCUAUUGGUCUAUCCUUAUCUCGUGUCGACGUAGCACGUCCCUUGAGUGCAUGACUAAAUUCCCCUGGCAGAUGCUACUGGGAUUAUUUAUGUCAUACUCGGUCAUUUUCUUUGUUCAGUGUUUCUACGCGUACAGGGUGUGGACAAUCACUGGCAACAACCACUGGGUCACGGGCAUAAUUUGCGUCCUCGCCACUACAUCGUUCGUUUGUGGCAUGAUCGUCAGUGGUUUAGGAGUAUACACAAGAAGCCCUGAAGCCCUGUUCAGCACGAAGUGGUCGCCAAUAGGGUCAUUCAUCAGCGCAUUAUGUGAUUCUGUCAUCACAGUGUCCAUAUGGUUGUUCAUGCGACCAGCACGAACCGGGAAUGUUCGGAGAAAGUCAAGAAAUUAUGUCAAUGAUAUAAUGUGGGUUUUUAUCAACAUGGGUUUGUUUUCGUGCAUUGUAGCAAUCAGUGUGACUGUGCUGGUAAGUGAUUGUCAUCUAUGCUUGCAAGACGGGGGAUCAAGGCUGUCUCAGUAUAUGUUUCAAGACGGUCUUAUCGGACAGUUCUAUACCGCUGCGCCCGGAGCAGUGGUAGGAAAAUCCUAUGUGAACUCGAUGAUGACAGUACUCAAUGCUAGAAAGUCUAUCCGCGAACGGGAACAAUGUGGCUACAACUUAACGGAGCUUCCUACAAUACCUACAAUACGGUGAUAUUUUUUGUCCUGGCAGACAUUGGAUAUGAUCUUCACAUACACUUAUGACCUCCGUAAUCCUCGGCCAGCAUAUGGGGCA